AUGUCUUCCGCGUCAACAAACCCGAACACCGGCUUUCUCGCACCUCCGCCUACAGAAGGGGCAGGUGCAGGUGCUGGACAAACGUCGAGCUUCCACGACGCCCCAGAUUCGAGCGAUCUGAACCAGCCGGGCCCGGCGGAUGCGAAGACGCAGCGGUCACGAUGGCCCACCCGCAAGAUGACACUCAAGAGUAGCAGCAACAAGAGGUUGUCAAUCCUCGGUCGCGCCAACAAGAAACACAAUGGCAAUGAGAAGAACCGCCUCUCCGGUGACCCCAACAACGUCAAUGCCGAAAGCCAAGGGAGCGAGGUCGAAGAACACAGCGCAGGCAGGAAACUCUUCUUCAACCUCGACCUCCCUCGUGAAAUGGUCGACGAGGACGGUGCUCCAAUUCAGCAAUACGCCAGGAAUAAGAUUAGGACCGCGAAGUACACGCCCAUGUCAUUCGUGCCGAAAAACUUGUGGUUUCAAUUCCACAACAUUGCUAACAUUUUUUUCCUCUUCGUUGUCGUCCUUGUCUUUUUUCCCAUCUUUGGCGGUUACAACCCUGGGCUCAAUUCGGUUCCUCUCAUCGCCAUCAUCGCCAUUACUGCCAUCAAGGACGCCAUCGAAGACUACCGUCGCUCCAACCUCGACAAUGAGCUCAACAAUGCACCCGUUCACCGUCUGCGAGGCUUCAAUAAUAUCAACGUGCAAGAGGACAACGUGUCCGCUUGGAGGAAGUUCAAGAAGGCCAACUCGGCAUUUUUCGGCUCCUUGUGGCACGCGAUGAAAGCGAUAUGGUCCAAGAAGGCCCGAGAAGACCGCGAGAAGCAGCGUCUUGCUCGCCAGGAGGCCGAGAUGCCUCGCCGGUCGAUCGAGACACAGCGCCAGUCGUUCAUGUCGACGCGUGACGAAGACAUUCAGAUGACCCCUGUGCCUUCUCCGAUGCCCCGCCAGAACCUCGAACUACCCAGCGAGCACGACGAGAGGCGCGCGCACCAACAGAAACAGCUGAAAGGCGACGUCAUUAACCGAGAGCUGCCAGUCAAAGGCAGUGCUCGUUUCCACCGGGAUGCCUGGAAAGAUCUCAGGGUCGGCGAUUACGUGCGAAUCUACAACGACGACGAAAUUCCUGCCGACAUUGUCAUCCUGGCGACCUCCGACCCGGAGGGUGCGUGCUACGUCGAGACGAAGAACUUGGAUGGUGAGACGAACCUCAAGUUCCGUUCGGCUCUGCGAUGCACUCGCUCUAUGAAGCACGCCAGGGAUGCCGAGCGAGCGCAGUUCUGGAUGGACAGUGAGGCGCCUCAGGCCAACUUGUACAAGUACAACGGCGCCAUCAACUGGCAACAGAAGUUUGACGGUCUCGACUCGGAACCCCACAACAUGGUUGAACCCAUCACCAUCGACAACAUGCUCCUUCGUGGCUGCAACUUGAGAAACACCGAUUGGGCUUUAGGUAUUGUCAUGUUUACCGGGCACGACACCAAGAUCAUGAUCAACUCAGGUAUCACGCCUAGCAAGCGAGCUCGCAUAGCACGCGAGCUCAACUACAAUGUUAUUUGGAACUUUGGCAUCCUGGUAGUCAUGUGUCUUACGGCCGCCAUAGUCAACGGCACAUCGUGGGCUAGGACCGAUCGGUCACUGUCAUUCUUCAACUAUGGAUCCAUAGGAGGUUCCGCUCCAAUGACCGGAUUCAUCACUUUCUGGGCCGCCAUGAUUUUCUUCCAGAACUUGGUCCCCAUCUCUCUCUACAUCACGCUGGAAAUUGUGCGUCUGCUGCAGGCCAUCUUCAUCUACAGCGACGUUGAGAUGUACUACGCCCCAAUCGACCAGCCGUGUAUCCCCAAGUCCUGGAACAUCUCGGACGACCUGGGUCAAAUUGAGUACAUUUUCUCCGACAAGACCGGUACCCUGACGCAGAACGUCAUGGAAUUCAAGAAGGCCACAAUCAACGGGCAGCCGUACGGUGAGGCGUACACCGAAGCGCAAGCCGGCAUGCAGAAGAGGAUGGGCAUCGAUGUUGAGAAGGAGGGCGAGAGAGCAAGAGCCGAAAUUGCAGAGGGCAAAGUACGGUCCCUUGAGGGUCUCCGCAGGAUCCACGAUAACCCGUACCUGCACGACGAGGAUCUGACCUUUAUCGCGCCUGACUUUGUAGCCGACUUGGCUGGCGAGUCCGGACCCGAGCAGCAGGCCGCCAACGAACACUUCAUGCUUUGUUUGGCUCUUUGCCACACUGUCAUUGCAGAGCGACCACCCAGCGACCCUCCCAAGAUUGUUUUCAAGGCGCAGUCCCCCGAUGAAGCUGCGUUGGUCGCCACGGCGAGAGAUAUGGGGUUUACGGUGCUCGGCACCUCAGCCGAGGGUGUCAACCUCAAUGUUAUGGGCGAGGAGCGCCACUACCCGAUCAUGAACACGAUCGAGUUCAACUCGAGCCGCAAGAGGAUGAGCAUCAUCCUUCGCAUGCCUGACGGCCGCAUUCUCCUAAUUUGCAAGGGUGCCGAUAGCGUGAUUUACUCCCGCCUCAGGCGCGGAGAGCAGGCCGAACUCAGGAGAUCCACAGGCGAGCAUCUCGAGAUGUUUGCUCGGGAGGGACUGCGGACCUUGUGCAUUGCGCAAAGAGAGCUCAGCGAGGGCCAGUACAGUGCCUGGCUUGAGGAACACAACGCCGCAGCUGCUGCGCUUGACGACCGAGAAGAGAAGUUGGAGGCGGUCGCGGACCGUCUCGAGCAGGACCUCACCCUCCUCGGUGGCACCGCUAUCGAGGACCGACUCCAAGACGGCGUCCCUGACACCAUCGCCCUGCUCGGCCAGGCAGGCAUCAAGCUCUGGGUUCUUACUGGUGACAAGGUCGAGACGGCCAUCAACAUUGGUUUCUCGUGCAACCUGCUGAACAACGACAUGGAGUUGAUCCACCUGAAGAUUGAGGAGGACGAAACAGGGGAUACUCCUGAUGACGUGUUCCUCACUCAAGUCGAUGAAUUGUUGGACACACAUCUGCAGACCUUCGGCAUGACCGGCAGCGACGAGGAACUGGUCAAGGCCAGGGACAACCAUGAACCUCCCGACGCUACUCACGGUCUCGUCAUCGACGGCUUCACGCUCAAAUGGGUACUGCACGAGUCACUGAAGCAGAAGUUCCUCCUCCUGUGCAAGCAGUGCAAGUCGGUCUUGUGCUGCCGUGUCAGCCCCGCCCAGAAAGCCGCUGUCGUGUCGCUUGUCAAGAAUGGUUUCGAUGUCAUGACCCUGUCUAUCGGUGACGGCGCGAACGAUGUAGCCAUGAUCCAGGAGGCAGACGUCGGUGUUGGAAUUGCUGGCGUGGAGGGUCGGCAGGCCGUCAUGUCUUCCGACUAUGCCAUUGCACAGUUCCGUUUCCUCCAGAGACUGGUCUUGGUACACGGCAGAUGGUCCUACCGUCGACUGGCCGAGUCGAUUUCCAACUUCUUCUACAAGAACGUCAUCUGGACAUUUGCUCUGUUCUGGUAUCAGAUCUACUGUGACUUUGAUAUCACAUACAUCUUCGACUACACCUACAUCCUCUUCUUCAACCUGUUUUACACCUCGGUCCCUGUCGCCAUAAUGGGCGUCCUCGAUCAAGAUGUCUCUGACAAGGUCUCCUUGGCAGUGCCUGAGCUAUACCGUCGUGGCAUCGAGCGACGGGAGUGGACUCAGACCAAGUUUUGGCUCUACAUGGUGGACGGUAUCUACCAAUCUGUCAUGGCUUUCUGGAUUCCUUACCUGACUGUGGUAUCAACAAGCUUCGUCACCUUUAACGGUCAGAAUAUCGAAGACCGCACGAGACUGGGCGCCUACAUCGCUCACCCCAUUGUCCUCACAAUCAACAUGUACAUUCUGAUCAACACGUACCGGUGGGAUUGGUUCAUCGUGCUGUGCGUCGUCAUCAGCGACGCCAUGAUCUUCCUGACGACUGGCAUCUUCACGGCGCAGACCUCUUCAGGUGCCUUCUACGGCGCCGGCGCGCAGAUCUACAGCCAGGCCUCGUUCUGGGCCGUCUUGUUCAUCGUGCCCGUCGUCUGCCUCUUCCCCCGAUUCGCGAUCAAGGCACUGCAGAAGGUGUACUUCCCCUACGACGUCGACAUUAUCCGCGAGCAAGAACGACAGGGCAAGUUCGCGCACCUCAACCAGGCACCGCUGGAUAAGGAAGUCGAUGCCACAACGGCCGGACGAUCGAGCGCCCGAGCGUCGACGUCGUCUGACAGCGAGCCAAAGGGUAAGCACAUGCACUAUGCCAGCGUCGACGAAGACAGAAGACCAAUCUAUCCCCCCUCAGUUGCGACGCGUACGACGCACAACCCACGAAGCCAGAACGGUAGCGAUGGCACGAACUACACGGGGCACCGCAUGUCGUUGGACUUGGCGCCUCCUAUUCGGCCUUCUUUCGACCGAGCUCGCCCAUCCUACGACCGAAUCCGGGCAUCGAUGGACCGCGUCCGGCCCAGCUUCGAGGCAAGCAGCGAUUUCACAUCGGCUGCACGGCUGUCACGAAUCGAGUCGAGCCAGUCUGCCGGUCACCUCUUCCACCGACGCUUCCGCGGGCUGUCCACGUCCAAGAGCGCCAAUCAAUAA